UUCAGGGAACUGCACAUCUAAUAAUUUCAGUGUCGGACCAUUACACAGGCCGUGUCAAAUGGCACGGGAGUAGUUACUACUACCCGAAGAUUAAGACUAAGUUUGAAGAAUUCAACCUAUGGGACAGGGUGAGGGAAUCCCCUUUCAAACAAUUUUUCGAGAGAGAGCCCAUUCAAUUUUCAGGAGCAUUUUUUCAUCAGUUGAUUCUUCACAAAAUAAAAUCUGACAAGCCGGACGAGGUGCAUUUCUAUGUGGGAAGGAAGAGAUGUAGAUUUGGCAGGGUGGAGUUCGGCUUGGUGAUCGGGUUAAACUUGUUGCCCGGCCCUACUGAGGAAGACAUCAAAGAAAAAGGAAGUUCUGAUCGGUUGAUUAUGGAAUAUUUCAACGGUAGUCCUUCGAUCAGCUUCGGCCAACUGCGCAGAGUUUUUGAGAGCUGCGCAGAAGUUGAUGAUGUCUACAAGUUGGGGAUGGUUUUGUUUGUUAUGGGCGUCCUCAAUGGUAAGGAGGAGAAGACUGUCGUUCCUCCUUUUGUGAUAAGAAUGGUUGAUAACCUUCCAUUCUUCUACGAGUACCCCUGGGAAAAUAUUUCUUACACCAAGCUGAUGGAAACUUGUAACAAUGACUACUUGGAUGUGAAGAAUAAGAUGUUGAAAAAGAUUGAGAAGUUAGUCACUCAGAAGGAGGCAAAAUACUCAGCCUACGGCUAUACUGCAGCGUUGCAAUAUUGGGCAUACGAGGCCAUAUUACAGCUGGGCAACGAGUAUGCAGUGAGGAGGUCGCAUCGCUUUCCGAGAAUGGUCAACUGGGAGAGUAAGUCGAACACUACACUCGGGAAGGAUGAAGUGACCAGAUUAUUUGCUAAAAAUUUGACAGUGUACUCCAUGUUAUGUCCUCGGCCGAAUGAGAUUGAGUUUGUGAGUUACAUAACCGGGGGUCAGCCUCCGUUAUUUGUUGACUUGGAGGAACUUGUGUUGGGUGAGGAUGGGCAACAAACAUAG